GCCAUGCAAUCUCAAAGGGUCAUGAUUCUUGAUGGCGGGAUGUCACGGGAACUGAUCCGCCUGGAAGCGCCGUUUCGACAACCUGAAUGGUCCGCACUUGCUCUUCUCGAAGCACCACGCUUCGUCCGCAAGGUCCACGACGGAUUCGCUGCCGCCGGAGCGGACGUCAUCACGACAAACACAUACGCGCUGGUGCCGUUUCACAUCGGUGAGGAGCGAUUCCGAGACCGCGGAGAAGAGUUAGCUGCUCUGGCAGGACGAUUGGCACGGGAGACUGCAGAUUCUGAUGCAGGCCGCGGGAAACGAGUUGCUGGGAGUCUGCCUCCUAUGUUUGGUUCGUAUGAGCCGCAGCUAUACAAACCUGAACUGGUACAAGAGCGGUUGGCCGUGCUGGUGAAAGGCCUAGGACCAUACAUUGAUCUCUGGUUGGGAGAAACACUGAGUCUCAUCGCGGAAGCAGAGGCUGUGCGAGUAGCCAUCCAUGACUCCGGUAAGCCGCUGUGGAUUGCUUUCACUUUGGAUGAUGCUAGAGCAGACACUGCGAGCGCUGCCCCUCGACUCAGGUCGGGAGAGUCUGUCGCAGACGCAGCCCGUUGGGCACUGGACGCUGGUGUCGAGGCACUGCUAUUCAACUGCAGCCAGCCCGAAUACAUGGAUGCUGCUGUGAAAGACGCACACGACGUCUUCUCCGAAGAGAGCGGCGCUCGCAGCGUACCACUCAUAGGCGUCUACGCGAAUGCCUUUCAGGCCAAGGAUACCGACACGGCUGCCAAUGAGAGCAUUAGCGAGACCCGCUCAGAGCUGACACCAGAUCUGUAUCUCGAUUUCGCCCAACGAUGGACCUCAAGCGGCGCUACGAUUGUUGGUGGCUGCUGUGGCAUUGGAUGUGAGACAAUUGCAAAGAUGUCAGAUACGUUCAAGGCGAAAAGCUGA